GGUGGAUUUUGUGACUUCCGCCACCGGGCCUUUUGAUAAGCAGUCACUAAGAAAUGGUCGGUCUAACAAUUGAGCCAGGCUAGUUGGUGCCGGGUGGAUUGUGCCACUUCAGCUACUCGGCCUUUCCAUAUCCAGUCGCCAGCAGGAUCGAGUGGGCGCACCUCCUACGGGCGGCCUCGCUAUGUCCCUCAUUGCCUCUAGAGUUUACGCUGCUGCAAGCACCAUCGCCGCCUCUCAAGGUACCUGACUACACAAGAUAUCCCAUUGUUGACAAGUGCUUCUGAGCGAGGAUCUAACACUCUGAAUUCCAUCCCAGCAAGCAUUACAGGUACCUGACUACACAAGAUAUCCCAUUGUUGACAAGUGCUUCUGAGCGAGCACAGGUCAUAACUGCACCGAAGGUAAAUUUGAUACAGAAGUGGGUCAGUUUAUGUGUCAGAGAAGUACAUACUUCACAUCUGACACUAACAGUGUGGUUUCAAGGCUUCAAAGAUAUGGCAAGUUCUUCUCAAUCGAGAAUGCCUUGUUUGCCACAUCUGGAUGAUGGCUUCGUCAGGGUAAUGGUGGAUGAACAAAGAGGAAUGGCAAUGACACUAAGGAAACUAGAUAUGACUGUGGCGGUACAGCAUCAUGACGGUUGCUGUUGGGAACUAUGGGCAUUGUAUCAUGACCAAUCUGAGCUUAUUUGCAGAAUGAGAUCAUGGGCAGAACAUCUCAAUGCAGAGGAUCUAAAAGUUUGCAUGAAGAGUUAUGGAGGGGGCGAGUUCUUCGGCAAAACAUUUAUCUCAUUAAGAGGGCGAGUGUUGCAUCUGUUUGGACAUGUUGUUGGUGAGAGGACAAAGAGAGACAUAGUGACCAGCUCUCAGUCUAUCACUGCAUUUCACGACUACUCUGACACUUUCGAGAAUCCGAGAGAGACUAUUGAGAUUCCUUUUAUCUCCAGAGGGUCCAGACCACAUCGGUUGAACAGAAUCGUAUAUGGAGAUAUUGGCAGUUCACCAACGUGCAGAGAGGAAAAAAAGAAACGUGAAGGAGAGGGUGUUUCUAUGAGGAAGGAAGGAAAAAAGAGAAACACAGAUAAACAACAGAUAGAGCCCACAACAAUAAAUGUGACAUGCAAUAACUGCGGUCACAAUAUAGAUAUCUCACAUAUUGUCCACCGUCACUGUGAGGAGUUCUGUAGAACACAUGCGGAGUGACUUUGUACGCUUUGUAUUAGUAAUACAUGACCUGCAGAGUGAGUGCUUUGUACGCUUGUAUUGGUAAUGCAGAGUCACUGUGAGUGAUCGCGCGAGGGGCCCAGUCCGCUUGUCCCAAAAGUCGUGCCCUCUAACGAGGUGGCUUCAGUUUUUGGAUUGUCUAUGUGGUUGGAGGGGGAGGGGGGGGGGGGGCGAACUGUAGAAUACAGACCCUUACAGAGUUGAGUUGAAGUUCAUAUAUAUCUGAGCUGAAGUUCAGAUAGAUCUAGGGAGUCCAGCAAACGGUGACAUUUUUAUGGACAAAUAAGUAUGUUUCAAUUUUUUGCAUAAAAGUAUGUGAGUGUUCCUGGAGAUUCCACAUACAGAUGUCUUUUGUGUUAAAAUCUCACAGGCAGAAGAGAGAUAAGAUCAUGUACAUUGUAGAGUUCUCUUUGAGAAAGUAUGUGAGUGUUCCAGAUAAAGAAGACCCAUCUCUGAAGAUGCAAAACGUGGAGGAUGAAGAAGAGCUUGAAGAAGCCAUUGAGGACAAUGAAGAACUUGGUUCGCAGGUUUGGGAUGAAUUAGGGCGAAUUGCCCUUGAACAGGCACAGCGAGCAGCAUCAAGAUGGGACUGGCGCGCGGGUCUCCAAAGCUGGCGCAGGACACGGCGAGGACCGUUCCGAUGUCUGGGUGAGAUUUGCAAGCACAUUGAGCUCAACAAGACAAAGUUCCAAGCCUACAAUGAACUCUUUGUUCAAACGAACAAAGUUGAUGAGGUUGACAUUUUCAACUAAAGAUGGUCUUUCCUCACAUUUGGUACCAACAGGUCGCUUUGGGACUCCGAAGUUCAUGAUUUUGGAGAUCUCGAUGACAUGAAGAAGGUUUUCAUUACAGCACACAAGGAGUCCUUCUCAAAUGAACUUCCCAAACUGUUAUGUAUGUGGUCAACUGCAACGCAAGAACAUGCAACACGAAAUGUCACGAUUUUUCCUGUAAAGGUUAUGUUUCAGCUAAAGUCGUUGUUCCUGAUGAAUGUUUUGAAAUAUUUCCAGAUGGUAAAAAAAGGACCCCUUUGUUUGUUGUCUUUUUUUUUUUUUUUUUAACCCGCACUCUCUGGUGCCCAAUCCAUUUCGAGGCGUUGCGAUCCAGUUGCUUACCACCGACAAGCAUAUGACAAGAUGAACAAUGCUUUUUUAAAGAGAAAUGAAAACUUCCCCCUAAG